CGGAGGGUGAAGAUGGUGGUUGUUUGUGGAUUUCUUUGGGAUGAAAAUAAUACACAGUAUAAAAAUGUAACCGAAGACAUACAUCCACGUCUGGUCUCGAACAAGGAACAUUGUGGUAUUUGGGCCUGGAUGAGGUUGUGUAGCCAACAACGUUCCCCUACUCCCCCAACACAGCAGGCCAGAGGAGAGGAGUAGACGGACGUUAGAAGGGCCAUUGUGAAGAGGACACACUGUGGGCAGGAUGCAGUCUUCAGGCCACCGGCAGCGUGACACAGAGCAGCACCAACCCCUGCUGUCAGCUGACGAUGACCCCGAGGCUGGGGCAGGAGCUGGUCCUCUGUGUCCCCCGGCUGACCAGGACGGCCUGUGGUUCAUCCAGGACGGCUGUGGUAUAGUCUGUGGUGUGGUGACCUGGUUGUUGGUCCUCUACGCCGACUUUGUGGUCAAUCUGGUGAUGCUGCUGCCAAACAAGAGCUUGUGGUACUCCGUGAUCAACGGAGCGCUGUUUAACUUCCUGGCCGUCAUGGCGCUGGCCUCGCAUCUACGUGCCAUGCUGUCAGACCCGGGGGCGGUUCCUAAGGGCAACGCCACCAAAGAGUACACGGACAGUCUGCAGCUGAAACCUGGAGAGGUCAUCUAUAAAUGUCCCAAGUGCUGCAGCAUCAAACCACAGAGGGCUCACCACUGCAGCAUCUGUAAGCGUUGUAUCCGUAAGAUGGACCACCACUGUCCCUGGGUCAACAACUGUGUCGGGGAGAAGAACCAGCGCUUCUUUGUCCUCUUCACUAUGUACAUAGCUCUGAUCUCAGUCUACGCCCUCUGCCUCAGUUUCCUACAGUUCUACAGCUGUGUCCAUGACCAGUGGAAUGAAUGCACUGACUUCUCUCCUCCUGUGGCGGUGAUGUUGAUGAUCUUCCUCUGUCUGGAGGCCUUCCUCUUCCUCACCUUCACCGUGGUGAUGUUCGGAACGCAGAUACACUCCAUCUGCAACGACGAGACGGAGAUCGAGCGUCUGAAGAAUGAGAAGCCGAGGUGGGAGCGUCGCGUGCGCUGGGAGGGGAUGAAGGCCGUGUUCGGAGGCCCGCCCUCCGUCCUCUGGCUCAACCCAUUCACCGGCCUGCGUCUGCGGCGCCUACUGAUGACACGUACAUGCCGUAGUGGUGUGGAGUUCUCUGUCUGAGGGCUGAGCAGGCCAAAACACAGCUCUUCCCCGUCUGAUACCCCGGACCUCUCUGGACCGUCUGAUACCCCCGGACCUCUCUGGACCGUCUGAUACCCCCGGACCUCUCUGGACCGUCUGAUACCCCCGGACCUCUCUGGACCGUCUGAUACCCCCGGACCUCUCUGGACCGUCUGGUACCCCGGACCUCUCUGGACCGUCUGAUACCCCGGACCUCUCUGGACCGUCUGAUACCCCCGGACCUCUCUGGACCGUCUGAUACCCCCGGACCUCUCUGGACCGUCUGAUACCCCCGGACCUCUCUGGACCGUCUGAUACCCCCGGACCUCUCUGGACCGUCUGAUACCCCCGGACCUCUCUGGACCGUUGGACACAUCAUGGGGGUUUUGGUGGUACCUUCUGGACUGAUAGGAUGGGGUGUGACCUGUGAUUUACAUCAUGGAGAACAGCUGUACCCCCUCCCCAUUCCCACUACAGGGCGUCUCCUGAAGUCCCUGUCUCUCUGCUGAGACAGACCAACAGAGUGGAGGGGGACUAAGACUUCUGUCCUCCAGACAGAGAGACUAGGGCUGAAUAUGGGUCUGUCCUCCACACAGAGAGACGGGCGGGCGGUCGGGCGGUCGGAUACAUACAUAUGGUACGUCUCUUCACUACUUCUGCGUCCUGGUGCAGUCUUAACCUACUGUUCUAUGUCUGCAUGAGGAUGUGAACAGCACCAGUUUCAUUUUUAUAAGGACCUCCUUUUCUGCCUCUGAUGAAGAACCUGCAGUAUGGAACUGUAGAGGUGUCAGGCACAAUCAUUGUUCUGCUCUGAAGACACUGAGUUGUGGUUGGACGUUAAACAGGACUUGUCUAGGACACCCAAGGACAUAGUCUAUCUACUGAACACAGACCAUCACUACUGGUAUUAAACAGCCUGGACAUGGAGUCUAUCUACUGAACACAGACCAUCACUACUGGUAUUAAACAGCCUGGACAUAGUCUAUCUACUGAACACAGACCAUCACUACUGGUAUUAAACAGCCUGGACAUAGAGUCUACCUACUGAACACAGACGUCAGUGCUUCCUCUGCCCUGAGCCUCGACGUACCCAUCACCUGAACUAUGCCCCUGAUGCAACAGCCUGAACAGGUUGCGCUGUGACCUGGACCAUGUUCAGUAGACUCAAAUGGGACAAACACAUUGAAACGGGGGAGGUACUACCACAAUUUAGCCAAUCCAAAACGCUGAAAAAUGUAUUUUUGUUGUUUCUUUGUAUUUUGUCUCAUUGGUUGUUUUUCCUCCUUGUUUAGGAGCUGCUACAGUGAUGUCCUGUCCCCCCCCUUUACCAAUGUUUCCCAAGU